AUGGAGUCAAGAAAACGCAGGUUACCUCAUGCCGGGUUGCAAAGACGAGUCAGGGCCAGAGCCGAGCCAGAGCCUGACCUGGACGCCUUCGAUGGGUUGAGUGACGAUGCACCAAGUGAAGAGGAAAUUCAAGAGAAUGAAUCGGCCUCUGGGUCUGGCUCAGCCAACGAGAGUUCUGAUGAGUCUGAUGAGAACAACGAGUCAUCUGAGGAAGAUGAAGAGGAACAAGGCAUCUCUGCCGAUGCUUCGAAAAUUUCAUUUGGGACACUGGCCAAAGCCCAGGCCAAGAUCCAACAGUCAGGCCGUCGGAAGAAGAAAAGCGGCGACUCCGACGAUGACGGCUCAGAAGACAAGGAUAACGCUCCCAAACCAAGAGAGCAAGCCCCCAAGAGAGAGAAGCCGCCCUCCCGCAGCAGCAAACAUGCGCCACAGGAGAUGACAUCUAAGCGCCCUGUCUCUCGCAAGCGCGAGAUCAUCCCCGUGAAAAAGGUCCAGUACCGAGACCCUCGCUUCGACCCGCUCGUGACCGGGCAGUCUGUCAAGACCAAGGCAGACGAGGACCACGUCCGCAAGGCCUAUGCCUUCCUGGAUGAGUACCGUGAGGAUGAGCUGCGGAAGUUGAAGGGCGCGAUCAAGAAGGCCAAGACGCCGGCCGAGAAAGAGCAGCUGCAACGCGCUUACAUGUCGAUGGAGAGCAGGAAGAAGGCCAGGGAUAAGAGGGACAAAGAGCGGGCCUUGGUGGAGGAACACAGGCGGCGCGAGAAGGAGCUUGUCAAGGAGGGCAUCAAGUCGAAGCCUUUCUAUCUGAAGAAGUCGGAGCAGAAGAAGCAACUACUGACGGACCAGUUUUCUGCCCUGUCCGAGAAACAGAGAGAAAAGGCAAUCGAGAAGAAGAGGAAGAAGAUCGCGGGCAAGGAGAAAAAGGCAAUGCCUAUGGAGAGGCGGACACGGGAGUAG